GGUUACAACAUUGGCAGACAGGUGGUUCAAAAACCAUUCUAUAGAGAGGAGAGGAGCGUCUUUCUAUUUAGAGGGAGAUGCCUUCUAGUGUUGGGAGAAGAUGGAGCGGUCCUAUUCGGAGGCGGAGAUGCUGAUCAUUUGGACUCGCUUUAAGGAGAAGCUGCAGUACCCAUUAAGGAAGUUAGAGGGAUGAGUGUCGGAACACCUUGCUAAGCUGAGAUAGUCUGGUACUGUGGCUGGGUUCUGACCGGAGUUCUUGAGGCUGGGAAACAUGUGCAACGGUAUGUCGGAUGACACUGGUUUAUGAUUGCAACGGCAUGUCGGAU